UUGGAUGUUUCCCCUUCUUGUGGAGGUACGGCCACCGAAGCUAUUGUGGAACGCGUAUGCGAGGGACUGGCAACCUCCAAAGAGCUUUACACCUAUCUAAUGGGCUUGUACUUCAACAACAUGACAACAUUUACACUUUUCAAGCCAUAUAAAAUCGGGGAGAAAUUCUCUCACAUGCAAUCCGUAACUGAAGCUGAAGCUUUAGUAGCCGCGAUAUUUGCCUACGCCGCAAGAUUCCAUUCUUCCUUCGAAACGCCAUCUCGCCCUACCGACUGUCCCUCACAUUCUUACUUUGCUCGUAUCGCCUCAAAGCGCCUAAGUGAGACUCUUGAACAACUCGACGACUCAGUGGCUCCACUAUGGCUUCUUCAGGCCUAUAUUCUCUUGACAUUUUACCAGUUGACACAAAGUGUCCGAUCAAAAUCUUGGAGGCUUUUAGGGGUUUGCAUCCGGCUUGCAAACGAGCUGGAUCUUCAUCGGGUAGACAAGGACAAUCACAACGUCGACACGGUGCAUUGGUCUAUGCUUGAAGAAAAAAGAAGACUUUGGUGGGCCAUCUGGGAGAUGGACGUCCUUGCCAGCGCGAUCAGACGCUUGCCCAUGGCUAUCAACUGGAGUUAUAAUCUCACUUAUCUACCAGUUUCUGAUGGCUACUGGUUCGGCGAUAGCCCUCAAAAAAGCUGUUAUCUCGCUGAAGAUCCAAAUCUCCGCUGGAAACAAUUGCACAAGUCCGGCAAUCCCAGCCCGAAAGCUUGGUACAUUGUCAUCAAUUCCUUUGUAUACAAUUGUCAGUUGCUUCUGCCGGACUAUAAACUUGAAAGCGAUCCAACAACAAACAUGGCCGAUGUUACCAUCUUGGCCAACUGCCUGUACUGCACGACUAAUUCACUUCCCUCCGAUCUUACCUAUCAUGGGCAGGCUCUUGACUUUCUCACUAAAAAGUCUCCACAAGAUAUCAGCCGUCGUCAGUAUCAUAACGACAUAUAUUGCAUACAUAUAAUAACGCAGCUUGUCCACUUCAUGAUCUUCCAGCACCAGAUCGCUGCCGAAGCCCCCUGGAUGACUCCGUUUCAGGUAAAUCAUUUGAACGCGGGAAAUGAGAACAAAGUUUCGAAUCAUCCUUUAUGGUCGAACUAUAUUAAGGCGUCUGAGGAUGUUAUUGCCAUCGAACGAAAUAGUUCCGGUGAGCACUACAAAUACACCAACCCUUUUAUGACCAAUACGCUGUGGAUAGCCGCAGCGGCACAAGUAGCGUGCCGCAUGUUUGGGCCUUUGUCUCUCAACAAGCAGCUGGCAGAUUCGAAUUACGAGCUGCUCUGUCUCAACAUCGAUCGGUCGGUCGCCUUCUGGUGCGGCACGGACAUUUUGAAGCGUAGAUUGACCAGAGUUGAGACCUCAUUAAGAGGAUUAACUGCAAAGCAAGGCAGUGAUAAUAGCUCACAAAACUUGGCCGGGUUUCUAACUUCAGAAACGAUGACUUCUCACCAAGAUGCGUCGUCUGGGUCGUCGAAUUUCUCCGAUCCGCUAACAUAUACUUCAGUGAGUUCGAAUAUGUUGUCAUUGAUGCCUCUUCUUGGCAAUAACACUGAAUCACAUGCUUCCAUAGACUAUGGGGAUUUUAUGGCUGGUAUCGAGCAGCUCUUUCCCUGUGACAUAAGCGACUCAUGGGAAAAUCUGGAUCUGUCUCAUUUGCAGUAG